AGGACCUGUCAUAGUGUCGGAAUCAAUCAAAAACGCUUAGUAUAGAAUUAUGCAAGACGACUAAUGCAGCACAUCAUUAUGGAAGGCUUACUUAUAGUAUUGCUUUUAUAAGAGAGCGCGUUCUUAUUAAUCUUUUCACUUUUUUCCAACAAAUAUUAACCCUCCGAUUCGGGAUACGAUUUGGGAUAUAAUAUUCUUGUCAUACGUAAGUGUGUGUCAUUUACCUGCGGCGUAACAUACGAAAUAUGGCUACCGGGCAACCCGAACAAUACAACACCUUUGGUUCUAUCAAGGCUGGGGAGAUCAUCUUUAUAACACGACAGCCGGGGACACCAGGGGAACCGAACCUAUUCAACGUAUUCAGCCUUGGAGAAGAGACCGGAGACAAGGGCCCAACAUUUGAACUAUCCCAGUCGUCGGUAGCAGACGUGCCGCAGCCGUUCCUAGACGACUUCUUAAUCGACGGUCUUCCGGAUUAUUUGAGGAGCAGUCCGUCGCGGCGCGUCCAUGUGGUGGUGUCGACGGGUUCCGGGACGGGCCUUGCGCAGCGGUUUUAUAGCACAGUCCUUCAGCGGCUUUUAGAGACUUGGGAGGAGGAGAAGAAGCACGAUUCGGAUCCGAGGACUGACUCGGCGGAAAUAUCGAAGCCGGAGAAUUCGCAUAAUUUAGUCCUUACGAAGAGCGCUGAUAGCGUGCGAGAAUUCGCUCGCGAGACCAGCCGUGUUGGAGAAGGUGAAGACGGGGUGCAGCAUACCGUGGUGCUCCUCAGCGGGGAUGGGGGCGUUAUCGAAAUGCUCAAUGGUCGAGUACCGGUAGAGGGGCACGAGUCAGAGGAGCGUCUGCCGUUAAUUGCAAUACUCCCGUUAGGCACUGGGAAUGCGCUCUUUAACUCACUUCACAAGACCGCGGGCUCGGGAACAAAGUUCCCCACGCCGUCCAGUCUAGUCCAAGGCUUGCGCACUUUGUUCAAGGGUCGCGCUGCGGCGUUGCCUUCUUUUAAGGCGGAAUUCUCGCCGGGCUCGCGCAUUAUAACUUAUACCAGCCCGGAAUCAGAGACCUCUGGCGACGCGGCAGAAAUUGAAAGCCACGCCGACACCGUGUCUCACCUCUACGGGGCCAUCGUUGCUAGCUACGGCUUCCACAGCCAAUUGGUGUGGGAGAGCGACACGCCGGAGUACCGAAAGCACGGUGCUAAGCGCUUCGGUAUGGUAGCGGAGCAACUCCUCAAGGAGAGCCACGCCUACAACGCCGCCGUUGAGCUUUCCGGAAAAGAUGGUUCUCAGCUACAGAGGUUAGACCGGGACCGGCACGCGUACAUCUUGGCCACGAUGGUGUCCGACUUGGAGAAGACCUUCACCAUCUCGCCUGCUAGCAGGCCCCUAGACGGUAAGCUAAGACUCGUUCAUUUCGGCCCUGUCAGCGGAGCGAAGACUAUGGAGAUCAUGACGCAGGCGUAUAACGAAGGGAAGCACAUCGGUAUGAAGUGGACUGGAGAAGACGGUAAGGAGGAAGGAGUCGGAUACGAAGAAGCCAAGGUGGUUAAGGUCACUACUUUAGAAGAGGACGCUAGAUGGAGGAAGGUCUGUAUCGAUGGCACCAUUGUAGAGCUACCGCGGGAUGGUUCGAUGAUUGUUAAGACGGAAGAUAGACCUCACUUGCGUGUUCUGGUGGAUAGAUCACUGGCUAGCUAGCUACCUACCUAAGGUAGGUACCUGUUAAGGGGUUCGCAUCCAUAAACACAUUUAUUGAAUCUAAGCAAAUAUUAGAUGGUCUUCAACGGAUCCAUCGCAUCUAGCACCAGCUAGAGGCGCGCGUAUGGUCCCGAAUAGGUAGCAUAGCAAAUUAGCAAUAAGACUGCCCGGGUACAGCGCAGCUACGCAGUACAUACUCGCCGGCCUGAGUCAUUAUAGCUCUAAACCAGCCAAUCAAGGAGCGCUUCCCCAUGAAACAGAAUGAAUCAUCCGCGCUACUGCAGCCAAGAGCGAAUUCCGACGCCGUCGCAUAGAUCAUACAAAGCACAAUCGAUGUACCGAAGGCUAGACUGGACCAGGUAUGUAGAUACCUAGUGAGGCUCAAAGGCAUGAAUUAUAUAGAGACAAAAUGUAAUAUAUCAACUGCGUCCCCCUUAGAGGGAGUGGAAAAUCUAAUUCAACUUGUCUAUGGCGACCUAGACAUUUUGAUGUAGUACCUACCUCUUGCUGCAAAUAUGACUUCCAUGGAAGCUGAGAGCGUUGCGACUAUCGUGUGUACUUCGAAGCAAACACGCUUUAACAUCGGAACUCUAAACUAUAUAAUGAUAGUUAGAUAUCGAAGGCCUAAAU